AAAAAAAUAAAAAUGAAAGCUUUGGAUAUAACUGUGAAAACGAGCUCUUAAAGCUUCGGAAUCAAUGGCUACUCUCACCGGUUUCUGCUUCAACACAGUCGAUUUCACCUUCAAACACCGCCAAAUCCCUACAAUUAAUCACUUCAAACGACCCAGGAAUCGAUACUUAACCUUUCCAACUGACAGACCUCAACUCUCCUUGAGAAAUUUCGAUAGGUUUAGGUGUUUCAGUACUAAUAAUGGCAAUGACAAUGGCGGAGAAGAUAACAAGACCACCACCGCCACUUCUAAUGACUCAACAACCGCCACAACUGAACCCCCUGAAGUGGUUGAAGAGACACAGCAGAAAAAGGUUGAGUCUCCCGUUUCUUCCAGGCCUCCAACACCAUCAUCAUUUGGACCAGCUUACAGCAAUUUCCAAGUUGACUCUUUUAAAUUGAUGGAGCUUCUUGGACCAGAGAAGGUUGAUCCUGCUGAUGUAAAGCUCAUUAAGGAUAAGCUCUUCGGAUAUUCCACAUUUUGGGUGACCAAAGAAGAGCCUUUUGGAGACCUUGGCGAGGGUGUUCUUUUUAUUGGGAAUUUAAGAGGGAACCGAGAAGAAGUGUUUGCCAAACUCCAAAGUCAGCUGGUUGAGGUCACUGGAGACAAGUACAACCUCUUUAUGGUGGAAGAACCUAACUCUGAAGGUCCAGACCCACGUGGAGGGCCGCGUGUUAGCUUUGGCUUGCUGCAGAAAGAAGUCUCAGAACCAGGGCCAACGACACUUUGGCAAUACGUAAUAGCUCUCUUGUUGUUCCUUCUCACAAUCGGCUCUUCUGUGGAAUUAGGAAUCGCAUCUCAGAUCAAUAGACUGCCACCAGAGGUGGUGAAAUAUUUCACGGAUCCAAAUGCAGUUGAGGCACCAGAUAUGGAACUGUUAUUCCCAUUUGUUGAUUCUGCUUUGCCAUUAGCAUACGGUGUGUUGGGGGUUCUGCUAUUCCAUGAAGUUGGGCACUUUCUGGCAGCAUUUCCGAAAAAAGUGAAACUUAGCAUUCCUUACUUCAUUCCUAAUAUCACCCUCGGAAGUUUUGGUGCGAUCACUCAGUUCAAAUCCAUUCUUCCAGAUCGGAGCACACAAGUUGACAUAUCACUUGCGGGCCCAUUUGCUGGUGCUACCCUGUCCUUUUCGAUGUUUGUUGUUGGUCUGCUGCUUUCAUCUAAUCCCGAUGCUGCGGGAGACCUGGUGCAGGUUCCAAGCAUGCUGUUUCAAGGUUCAUUGCUUCUCGGCCUCAUCAGUAGAGCCACUCUUGGUUACGCAGCAAUGCAUGCUGCAACAGUUGCAAUUCACCCUCUUAUGAUUGCUGGCUGGUGCGGCUUAACAACAACUGCUUUUAAUAUGCUUCCAGUUGGAUGUCUUGACGGUGGAAGAGCCGUACAGGGUGCUUUUGGGAAAAAUGCUCUAAUUGGAUUUGGUUUGAGUACUUACACAUUGCUUGGAUUAGGAGUGCUUGGUGGACCUCUAUCACUUCCAUGGGGAUUGUAUGUGCUUCUCUGUCAGAGGGAUGCAGAGAAGCCUUGCUUGAAUGAUGUAACAGAGGUUGGGACAUGGAGGAAAGGUUUUGUUGCAGUGGCAAUCUUCUUAGUUGUGCUUACACUUCUUCCUGUAUGGGAUGAGCUUGCAGAGGAGCUAGGUAUAGGUCUUGUAACCACUUUUUGAUUUUUAUAAAAAUAUAAUAAUAAAUAAUUAAUAAUGUAUAUGAAAUUCAAUUUUGACUCUUUAUAUCAAUUUCCAUGGUCAAAAAAUGAGUAUACUACCUUGUAAUUAUCAUUCUUAUUUUAUUACUAUUUUUUAAAAAUAAAAAUGAUUAGCUUUUAGUA